UCGUGUAGUUUCUAUAUAUAGGUCACACUAGCUCUGUUUUUCCUUCCUCUCUGUUUUCUUCUCGUUUUUGGUUUGCCAUUGUCCAUCUUCUUCUUCUCUUCCUCUUCGCACAAAGCAGCAAGCAUCCUUGAGAUGGAAACUUUCCUCUUCACCUCAGAAUCUGUAAACGAAGGCCAUCCCGACAAGCUGUGUGACCAGGUUUCAGAUGCCAUCCUAGAUGCAUGCUUGGAGCAAGACCCAGAAAGCAAGGUUGCUUGCGAGACCUGUACAAAAACUAACAUGGUUAUGGUCUUUGGUGAGAUUACAACCAAGGCCAGCGUGAACUACGAGAAAAUAGUUCGAGACACUUGCAAAGGCAUUGGGUUUGUGUCACCAGAUGUUGGUCUUGAUGCUGACAACUGCAAAGUUCUGGUCAACAUUGAGCAACAGAGCCCUGAUAUUGCUCAAGGAGUUCACGGUCAUAUGACCAAGAAACCUGAGGAAAUUGGUGCUGGUGACCAAGGCCACAUGUUUGGUUAUGCUACAGACGAAACACCUGAGUUAAUGCCACUCACUCAUGUGCUUGCUACUAAACUUGGUGCCAGGCUCACUGAGGUGAGAAAGAACAAAACAUGCCCCUGGCUGAGGCCAGAUGGUAAAACCCAAGUGACAGUUGAGUACAAGAACGAUGGUGGAGCCAUGAUUCCUAUUCGGGUUCACACAGUUCUCAUCUCAACUCAGCAUGAUGAAACUGUCACAAAUGAACAAAUUUCUAAAGAAUUGAAAGAGCAUGUGAUCAAACCUGUCAUCCCAGCUAAAUACCUUGAUGAUAAGACCAUCUUCCACCUCAACCCCUCUGGUAGGUUUGUGAUUGGUGGACCCCAUGGAGAUGCAGGACUCACUGGAAGGAAGAUCAUUAUCGACACCUAUGGUGGUUGGGGUGCUCAUGGUGGUGGUGCCUUCUCCGGCAAGGACCCAACCAAGGUUGAUAGGAGUGGUGCAUACAUUGUUAGGCAAGCAGCCAAGAGCGUGGUAGCUUCAGGGCUUGCACGACGUUGCAUUGUGCAGGUUUCUUAUGCAAUUGGAGUUCCAGAGCCACUUUCUGUGUUUGUAGACACAUACCAAACGGGGAAGAUUCCAGACAAGGACAUAUUGGCUCUAAUUAAGGAGAAAUUUGAUUUCAGGCCAGGAAUGAUAGCAAUCCAUCUUGAUCUCAUGAGAGGAGGCAACUUCAGGUACCAGAAAACUGCUGCUUAUGGGCAUUUUGGACGUGACGAUCCUGAUUUCACUUGGGAGACCGUGAAGAUCCUCAAGCCUAACGCUUGAGUUAGCCACCCAUUACGGUGUUCAUUGCUACAAGUGGUUAUCAUCGUAGCCAUCUUUCGGAUUUUGGGUAAAAGGGAAAUAAAAAAAAUAAAAAAAGAAGCUUCAAUGCGUACAUCUCUUAUUGACGAUACGUUUCACAGCUUGGACGAGAAAAAGGAGUAGACAUUAGCACAAUAGGAGAGCAUGCACCAUUAGCUACCUCUUUGGUUUUAUUGCUUAAUUUAAAUUUAAUUCUGUACUGCGAUCAAUCCUUGCGUGUUGGUGUUGUCGAUUUGAUUUUUUUGAGGGGGUCAAUUUAUGAAGUUGUUUACCACAUAAAAGACAAUUUCUUAUGGAGACA